AUGAAUAACAUCCUGCCCACUUGGUCUUUCGAGGGAAACUACGAAUUCUCCGAUCUUGGAAAAAUCUGGAUUGUCUGGAAGCCUUCUGUGCAGGUCAAAAUUAUCACUAAGUCUCUGCAAAUGAUCACCUGCUCUGUCAAACUUCCGUUUCAGGCUAGUGAGUUUGUGGUCUCUUUUAUUUAUGCUUCUAACUGUAGAACGGAAAGAAUACUAUUAUGGAGUGAGCUCGAAUCUGUUUCCUGCUCACCUCAGCUUUGCGGUCUUCCUUGGAUUGCGCUGGGGGACUUUAAUGAAAUCAUCAGUCCCUCCGAGCACUCUCGCGCUGACCUAUCUACCUCCACUAGAGGUAUGCGUGACUUUCAUGAAUGCCUACAACGAUGCUUGUUAUCUGAUCUUCAGUACAGUGGAAACACAUUUACUUGGUCGAACUCGACGGUCUCUAAAAAGCUGGAUCGUGUUCUAUGUAAUGAAGAUUGGUUGGAGACCUUCCCGGAGUUUAUUGCUGUCUUCGGAAAGCCUGGCAUCUCUGAUCACAGUCCUUGUUGCACGUUUCUGGAUCAACUCAAGCCUCCUCAGAAACGACCCUUCAGGUUCUUUGCCCAUCUAAACUCUCACCCAGCCUUUCAGGAACUCGUCAGAGCUACUUGGAAUUCUAUGCCUUUUCAUGGGUCUAGGCAGCUAUGUGUCUCGAAGAAGCUAAAGGAAAUGAAGCCUUUUAUCCGCUCUUUCAACAAGGAAAACUUCUCUGAUAUUGAAAAGCGGGUCCAAGAGGCUUUUGAUCAUCUCACCGACUGCCAGCAAGUUUCCCUAUCUUCACCAAGCUUGGGCGCAGCUGCUGCAGAGAGAUCCGCUCAUGCCAGAUGGUUCACUUUGGCUAAGGCUGAAGAUAGAUUCCUACAUCAAAGGUCAAGGGUGCAAUGGUCAGUAGAGGGUGAUGCGGGUACGGCCUUCUUUCAUCGAGCUAUUCGAUCAAGGCAAGCUCAAAACCACAUACACUUCCUGCUGGACGAUAAUGGCUGUGUUAUUAACACCCUAAACGGUAUAAAGAACCACACAGUAAAUUACUUUCAGCAACUUCUCGGAGGUGUUCACACGCCAACAUCUACCUCUCCUGCUGAAAUUGCUUCGAUUAUGGAAGUUAAGUGUUCUGCUGAAGCCAUCUCUUACCUUGCAGAGCCGUUUACUGAUCUCGAUAUUGAAAAAACCUUCUUGUCCCUUCCAAAAAUUAAAUCUCCCCGUCCCGAUGGAUUUUCGGCUGAAUUCUUCACCAGAAACUGGAAGGCUGUUGGUCGAGACCUAAUUGAUGCUGUUAAGGAGUUCUUGAGCACCGGCGAGCUGUUGCAGCAAUGGAAUGCGACUCUUCUUAUUCUGGUUCCAAAAAAGACCAAUGCUAAUAAGAUCACGAAGUUUAGGCCCAUUACCUGCUGCAACACAGUGUAUAAAGUGGCCUCCAAGCUUCUAGCUAACAGACUGAAAAGCCAUCUCCCGAAUUUGAUCUCUACCUCUCAGUCAACUUUUGUACCUGGUCGUUUUCUUGUGGAGAAUAUGUUGCUCGCCACGAAACUUGUUUCAGGGUACAACUGGAAGACAAUCUCUAAAAGAUGCAUGCUCAAGAUUGAUCUCCAGAAGGCUUUCGAUACGCUUAACUGGGAUUUUGUCCUCUUCACACUAGAAGCUCUGGAUUUCCCGUUGGUGUUUAGGAACCUGAUCAAGAAAUGCCUAACAACAACCCGAUUCUCAGUUGCUAUAAACGGUGAAUCGUGUGGCUACUUUAAGGGAUCUAGGGGCCUUCGGCAAGGCGACCCUCUUUCGCCCUACCUCUUUGUCCUUGCCCUUGAGGUCUUCUCUCAACAGCUGAAGAGAAAAUAUCUUGAAGAGAAAAUGUCUAUUGGCUACCAUCCAAACACUUCCGCUCUUCAAGUCACACACCUAUCCUUUGCUGAUGACUUGAUGAUCUUCGCAGAUGGAACAGCUGAAUCGGUAAAAUGCAUAGCUGAAACAAUGGAGGACUUUGCACUUUGGUCGGGGUUGCGAAUGAACAAAACAAAGAUGGAACUGUUUACUGCGGGUCUGAACAGGGAGGAAGCCUUAGAGAUCUCUCGACAUGGUUUCACCCUUAGAUCGAUGCCAAUCAGAUAUUUGGGUCUUCCUUUGAUGUAUAGGAAGCUGAGACUACCUGACUAUAAGCCUCUGAUCGAUAAGCUCUCUGCCAACUUCCAUUGCUGGUCAGCUAGAGCCUUAUCUUUUGCAGGAAGAAAGCAGCUCCUAUCAUCGACGGGGUAUUACAGUCUUGCAGCAGGUUUCCUAAAGGCAAGAGUGGGAAAUGGGCAACGAAUAAGUUUCUGGUAUGAUCGGUGGACACCUCUUGGGCCUCUCAUCAAUCGGUUUGGUGAACUUGGCCGGAGGGAACUGCAAAUUGAUGAAUAUGCAUUGGUCGCGCAUGCUUGCAAUAGUGAAGGAUGGCUUCUUAGGGGAGCCCGUUCCCAGGCUGCUGAGGAGCUUCACCUACACCUCAUUACCAUUCCUCUCCCCUCGCUAAGUGCUACGGAUGAUUCUUAUGCGUGGGAAGCGGGUGGGAAUGAGUUGCAGGAGUUCUCCACGAGUAAGACCUGGAACCAAGUAAGGAACAGAGCUUUAGAGCAGCGCUGGACCCAAAACAUUUGGUUCAGAGGUCACACUUCCCGUCAUGCUUUCACUACCUGGGUAGCUCAUCAGGAUCACUUACCUACAAGAACUAGACAGGUCGACUGGGGAAUGAAUAUUCUUCAUUCUGCUGUCUUUGUACCUUGGUGGAUGAGAGUAGAGAUCACUUAUUCCUUCGGUGUGAGAUUAGUGAAGCUGUUUGGGGCUAUGUACUGA